AUGGAUGUUUCUGUAUGUCGGGGUGAUCAACACACCGUCUCCAACUGCCCCAAAAGACGAAUCGUUACCCCAGCCCGUCAGGAACAGAACAGAGUCGCACAACGAGCAUAUCGGCAAAGACAGAGAGAACUCCGAAAGCGUGGCAUUGCUCAUGGCGGGUCGGCAAGAAGACUUGCGCCUCAACCAUCAAGCCCGUUAUCAGACAGCUCGCUUGACACUAGCUCUGGGGACAGGACAGGAGAAGAUGCUCUACCACCUGCAGUGCAACUAUCAGCCGACAGCCGUAUGAUUAACCCAUCGUCUCUGUUACCCGCCGAUCCAGUAAUGAACGCCAUCCAGACUCCUCAAGACACCAUUCGGAUGGCAGUGCUCAACAAUGCUCGCUGCCUAGGGUUUGAUCUUGAAAGACUGGCCAAAUGUGGAGGGUCAUACAUGUCACCAUUUUUCAAGUCCAUUCAAGCCCAUGACCGUCCGCAAGAAUUAGUUGCCUCGGUGUUCAACACAUCAAUUCCAAUCCAUCUUCAACCCACUAUGGCCCAGAUUCUUGUCCCUCAUCACGCCAGUCUGGAUCUAAUACCAUUGCCGCUCCUUCGUGAGCGUGCUAUUAUGAUGUCAUUUGCUAUGCCCGAUACAUUUGACCUCUGGGAUUUGAAGUUGGAUAUUUACACAAGACAUGGACUUGUCUGUCGGCAUUCUCGCGCUGAGGUAGCCUGUCAUCCGUGGGAGCAGAAGAGUUGGGAGGUAAUGCCGUGGUUUCUCAAGAAAUGGAGUGCUACAAGCGAAUAA